CCUCAACUGAGGAUAAAUCACACUCUGAGUCUGGGAAAUUUGAAUCUUCAGAUAAUCUGAUGUCCUUUGAGUUAAAUAAUGGCGUAGAAAAUUUUUCAAAAGGAUUUGAUGAUAAAUUAAACGGCCUUCAGGAAAAGGCCGUUGUAAAUAAUUACACUUCCCUCGAACAUGAUAGGAUCAAAUACUUGAAAAUACUCAAUAGUGUUGGUAAACCAACCAAUUCAGGAACUGUUGAAGAUAUGUGUUACGAAACUAGCAAAAUUGGUGAACAACCCUCCGACUCCAACAGCGCUAAUGGGCUGUCAAUAUUGGACCUUCUAAUGAACAAUGAUAAUUGUUUAGAUGAUACAAGUGAUAACGUUUCCGAAGUAUACAGCUCAUUAACCUCCUCAGUUAAUAGGCUAGGUACUCCUGUGAGGUCCACGCCAACUGAGUUCAUUAAAAAAUAUGACACUUCUCAAUCCUUAAGUACAACUGAUAUUGAGUCAUCUAACAUCGAUAUUGUUAGAAAUAGUUCUGAAGAGACUUUUGUUACUAAUGAAUUGGUUAGUCCCGAUGAAAUGAUUAACACUGACGAUAUGGUUACUGCUGAAAGCGGGCAUUCAACAGAUAAUGAACCUGUUGUGGAUGAGUUUGAGCAAUUAAUUAGCUGCUUAAAGGACCCUGAGUAUUUUGAGAAAUUAGAAAGCCACCCUAGUAUGCUACUUCUAUUAGACCUAGAGUUUGAUAAACUGGUAAAACUGGAGGAGACUCUGAUUCCUAUCCUCAAACAGUUACAGGAAGCAAGUAGCUUUUAUUACAAGCUUUAUGUUAUGAAUGUUGCAUUGCAGAUAAUGGACGCCAAACUUAACGUACAAAUUUUUUAUGAUAACAUAACAAAUUUAAUAAAAGUAGCUUCCGGGCCUAAUACUCCGUUCAACCCUGAUAAUACAGAGAAUCGAGUCUUGGAACAGAUGUUCGUCCAAUUGUUGAACAACGCCUCAAGUUUGGUAGAAAACCUAGGUUCUGAUGACUUGGAACUUUUCUUUAAGCUCCUUUUUCCUUUCUUUUAUAAUUUCUAUCCCAUUGAUACAGUUAUUGUGGGUGCUUUUGGAGUUUGUAAGGAAAUUGUUAAGAGAUUUCAAGUAGAACAAGUAAAGUCGGCGUUGAAAUUCAUAACGUCGAAUUUUAUAUUCUUUAAUUCUCAACUUUACAACAUGACCACACCCAGAAGUAAUGAUACCAGUUGUGUUUCGAAAUCGACGACCUCCGAGAAUAGUAUGAAAAGUAACAAAGAAGAUGAUAGCGUGAAAAUAUAUACCAGAGAUAGGGACACAGGAAACACUAAUAACUGCUAUUAUGUGGAGAUUAUAGUGGUACUAUUUGAGCAGAUGUUCAUCAACACGUCGAGAAUAGAUGAGAAUAACAUAGUUGAAGGUAUCGGAGACGAGAAGGAGUCGUACGGAAUAUUCAAGACUAAUUUUAGGAAUUUCGCAAAUGAUGCAUUUUAUAUGGAAAAUGUAACAUUUAGGAACCAAAAAAUAUUUUUUCAAAUUUUACUCCAGAAGCUAGAGAGCCCAAAACACCCAUUUGUAUCGUUAAUGGUAUCUGAAUUGUUGAGCAUGCUAAUUGCCCAUAUUAAUGGAAAUAAUCUGACAGGCAAGAGAACAAAUGAUAAGAAGGAGUUUAAAGACGUAAAGGGAGAAAAGAAUCCAAGGAAACUACAGUCCCUUAGGUUACUUCUGGUUAUAUCAAGUCAUAUAUUUGAAUUAUAUAACAGAGUUCUAAGAAUACCGUUUUUGGACCGGCAUAAAACCAAGUAUUUGAACAAUUUGGAUUCAGCUAAAAAUGAUGUAAAAAAAAUCACAUUGGAGAGUAUUAAGGAGAAUAUCAUGGGAUAUUUGAAUUACAUUAGCAUAACAGACGCUACUUCAAGCCUGAAUAAUCUUGGAACUUGUAUAUUUUACACCUUCCUUAAAGACUACUGUUACAUUAAUAAUGUUCAGGAAGUGCAGCAAUUGCUGUUGUUCCUUAAAAUUUUUAAGUAUUUAGCAAUUAACAAUGUUAAUUUCGAUGAUUCUAGUGGAUCGCCUACAAAAAUUAAUGAUAUUUUUAACAACAUUAACUAUUCACACUUGUUCAACUAUCCCUACCUGUCUGAAGCCAAAUACCACAACACCCCUGCACAUAGGAUAGAUGUGUUAAUUCGUGAUGUGUAUACAUAUAAAAUCUUUCAUGAGUCCUAUGAUUCAAUACUGGACACGGUUGUUAAUUUAAUAUAUACGAAUAAUGAGAAUACAACACUUAGGUUGUGUAUUGAUUUUAUACUUGAAGUUGUGACCAAGAACUACGAUUAUUUAUUAGAUAAAAAUAUACAAAGUCUGUUGUUGGUUUCAUUAUCAGACUAUAAUGUGUACGUUAGACAACAAGUUAUCAAUAUAUACACUAAUUUUCUGAUUCAUUUUUACAACAAGACGUAUGGUUGCGGAAAGAAUGUUAGAGAUGAUGAUGAGUGUGAGGCUGAACUUCUUAAUUACCUGAGUAAGGAUUUGUUAAAUAAGAUAUUAUCAUCAACUAAGGAUUUAAAUUAUAAAAUCAGACUAGGGGCACUGAAGGUAUUACACAUGUUCCUAAGCCUGGUGAAUGUUACGCGAUAUUUAGAUGUGGUGUCUGUUUUAGCACAAAGAAGUUUGGACUCGUACAGAGAACACCAACAGGUUAAAAAGGCUCUAUAUAACCUGCUGUCUAGCGUAUUCUUUAUAUACUCAGUACAGAUUUUUAAGUCUAAUUCAUUUCAGAAUACUAAACAUAACCCAGAGAAUAAAUUAACCGGUAAAGAUAAGCUUAAUGGUGAAGAGAGUUCAAAUGAUACCGUAUCGAAAAAAAUCCUGAAUGAGGAGAAGAUGGUGUUUUUGGAAAAGUUAAUAAAGAUAUUGCUAUAUAAAAUGGAGUCUUAUAAAGGAAAACUUAACCCUGUAUUGAUAAUGUUGAACUACUACCAAAGUAAUACCGAAGUUAUAUUUGAUCCAAUAGGUUACUAUGGUGGUUAUCAGAAGUCUCAUGUUACAAGGAAGAAUAUAGUUAGAAAUGACCCUAAUUUGAGUGAUUCUGAGUCAAUAGUUAAUACUUGGCUUGAGCAUUUACUUGAUUUGUUUUUGGUGAAGAGGUCUAAAGGGUCAAGCUACUAUGAACUGUCUGAGACCUUGAGUGUGUUUAAGUUAUUUGGAGAGGUUUACCCAAGACUUUUUGUAAAACAUCUAGUGUAUUUUAUACCAUAUUUGAAGAUAAUAGGAGGAAUUAAACUCGACGUUAACCAGAUUAACCUGAUUAUUGCAAUUAACAACCUCAUCAUCAUAGUCUACAGGUACAUUAAAAACACAAAACCGACACCAAAUGGUGAUACUGUUAAGGAAGAAGAUGAAAUACUGUGUGAGUUGAACAAUAUAGCUAACAAUGUGGUCGGCCUGGUCAACUACAAUUCACCCAUUUUAAUAAGGUCAAUAAUACAACUACUCACGUAUAACAACCAGGAACAUGUAACGAAGAUAUAUGAAACAUCUUUCAAGUACCUCAACAACAUAAAAGCAAUGUUAUCUUCACUCUUGAAUGUUAACAUUGGGAGUGAUAAGAUGACUAAGUUGGAAGUAACAAGGAAUAUUAUCGAAAACAAGGUCCUGGUUGACGUGAACGUGUACAAAUACUCCUGGCAGCUGGGCUGUGUGGCUGAGUUCAACGACAUGGAACUCAAGGUUUUCAAUCUUUUUAUAGAAAUGUUUAAGCUCUACAAUGGUGUGGGUAUCCAUAAUAUUUCAGGUUUGUUCAUCGAGUGCUGUUGUCGGUACCUUUCAAACAUAAAUAACCUGUUCAAAGUCAACCACAAGGAGUUGAAGUCACUGCUGUCAGACAUAUACGAAUAUUACCAGAACAACUCCUACAAAUCAAAUAACCUGAUCCUGAUACUGUAUCAGCUGUUGAACACAUACCAGACAUUAUCAGCCACGUCAGGUUCAGAAGGCCCAGAUUCUGAAAAUGAUAAAGUUAACCAGGGCAACAAAAGGCAGAAAGAAAGAAGAGACCUAGUCAACCUAAUGUAUAUAAUGAUACAGAAGUAUAUAAGUGUGUUUAUGAAGUUAAUAGCUACCUAUUACAAUGUAGAAGUGAAGAGGGAAGGUACAGGGCUUGGAAAUGGGAAUGAUUUUAAUAAAGAGUUGGUGGAUGAAAAGUUAUUUGAAGGAGGGUUAUCAGAUUCUGGAGAGGAUAAAGUUUUGUACAUGGAAAUUAUAGAGAUAAUUAUUGUUAAUAGGCUUACAAAUGUUCAGGAGUUGUUGCCAUUUGUGUUCGCACAGUUACUUACACCAGACUCACACGUGCAGAGAGUGGCAGAAAAUAACUUAAAGAUCAUAAUUAAGCAGGAUAUAAACCUAUUCCUGGGUAAGAUCAACACGUCUUUUGAGACUCUUUUUGAAAGUGUGUUAGACCAAUUUUUCAAAAACGUUUUUGUUCUAGGGAUUACAGGAGAAAAUACUCAUCUAGCUCUCCAAGGAGUGUUUAGAAUAUAUCUAGAACUCCUUCAGGCCAAGAGAUCUAACACGAAGAUGUUUGUAACGUCACUACUAAUGCAAACUAAGACAAUACACACAAUUGAAUUUAAAGGCAGGAUUGAGAGGUUAAUAAGGAGCAGAACGGGGAUUAAUUACGAAAAGUUUAAGGUAUUGAAGGAGAAGAAUAAAGGAAUCUCAAACACACUCAAGAUACUAGUAGACAAGAUCAGAUCUGGAAAAGGAGAAGAGAGGAACAAGUUACUUCUAGAGUAUUUUCUAUAUCUGUAUGCACAUCUUGUGUGUGUAAUACUAGAUGGGCUCACAUUUAAAAACAAGAAGGAUGCAGCUUAUGCAAUAACAAAGAUUCGUGAUGUCGUAAAUGACAAUACACACAUUUUGACAUCAGAAGAUAAAAUUUCAAAAUUCGUAAAUAUCAGACUCAAGAGGAUCUCUAAUAAAAUUAAGAACAUUUAUAAAUAGCAUAUUAAUCUCCUUUCCAUCUAUUAUUUUCUGUAUACAUGGGGUGUGGAG